AUGAAAGUCUGGGUGGACGCCUUGUGCAUCAACCAAGCCGACGUUGCUGACCGGAAUGCCCAUGUGUUGCGUGUGAGGGAUAUAUUCGGCGGGGCUUUCUCGGUGAUGGCCUGGACCAAGGAGUCGGAGCAGCGGGACUUGGAGUUUCAGGGGCUGAGUCAGCCUGGGGAACAUCUUGAGCUUUGCAACGUGGUCCUCAAAUUGUACGGCAAGCGGGCUCUGGAGGAAAUCCUCGGGGUUAAAGAGCGCGGCUGGGGGGUUGACGACGAGCAGUAUGAGGAGGUUAUGGGGCUGGUGCGGAUUCACAAUGUCGAUGUCCUGGUUUUUAACCAGUUCUAUUGGGAAGAAUCUGAUGAUUCUGAUGACUUUGGAUCUGGCAGAGUGCACUUGCGAGACGUACUCGCCAUGGAGCUGAUGCAGCUGUUUCGGAAGAGAUACUGGUCGCGGUUGUGGGUCAUACAAGAGCUGGCAGUUAGCCCCACGAUGUCCACGGUGAGGUGGGGCAAGUUAACUUUCAACCUGUCGACACUACAAGCCGUAUGCGAGAUUCUUCAUGCCCAGGCCAAGACCGAAGAGCGCAUGCACGAGGAGUUGUGGCAAGAGUUGAAGCCGAGAUUUGAUCUUUUGGCAUUUAUUUCUACAUGGAGAGAACUGGAGGCUGCACCAGCGGACCAAGGCCGCCAACUAUCGGACGCUUCCAUCCAGGAGCUGAAGCAACUCGAACAACACGCGGCUUGUUCGCUUCCACAGGACAAAGUUUACGGUUUGCUCGGGCUGUUUUCAUUGUACGUGACGUCCGCCGUGACGAUUGAUUACACCCGGGAGUCUGCUGACGUGGUCGGAGAGUUUUUAUCUGCGGUGCCGGAAUGGGAAGCAUCAACCGUGAACUGA